AUGACCGUCCCCCAAAGGCCUUGGUGGAAGGAUGGUGUCGUAUAUCAGAUAUACCCUGCCUCCUUCAAAGACUCCAACGGUGAUGGCAUUGGUGACCUCAACGGUAUCAUCUCGGAGCUGGACUACAUCCGCUCCAUCGGUGUUGACGUCAUCUGGAUAUGUCCUAUGUACGAUUCACCCCAAGUCGACAUGGGAUACGACAUCCGUGACUAUGAGGAUGUGUACAGACCGUAUGGUACCGUCCAAGACAUGGAGAGACUGAUUGCCGAGACACAUUCGCGAGGCAUGAAGAUUAUCUUAGAUUUGGUAGUCAACCAUACGUCUGACCAGCAUAAAUGGUUCCAAGAGUCACGGUCAUCAAAAGAUAACCCCAAGAGAGACUGGUACAUCUGGAGACCGGCUCGUUACGUUGAUGGCCAGCGGAAAGCCCCCAACAACUGGAUCUCCAACUUUACAGGUAGUGUAUGGGAAUGGGAUGAACAUACCCAAGAAUACUACCUACAUCUCUUCUGUCCCGAGCAACCUGAUCUCAACUGGGAAAACCCGGAGACCCGAAAAGCCAUCUACGAGUCUGCCAUGGAGUUUUGGUUAAAGCGCGGUGUCGACGGCUUCCGCGUUGAUACCGUCAACAUGUACAGCAAGGGUGAAAUGCUGGACGCGCCAAUUACCGAUCCUGGGUCCGAGUGGCAGUUUGCUGGGUACCAGUACUGCAACGGCCCAAGAAUGGCGGAGUUCCUGAACGAGAUGAACCAAAUCCUAGAGAAAUACGAUGCCAUGACAGUUGGCGAAUGUCCACACACACUCGAUAUGAAGAGAGUACUAGAAUACGUCAGCGCGAAAGAAAAGCAACUAAACAUGGUCUUUCAAUUCGAUGUCGUCGACGUAGGCCAAGGUCCCUACAAAUUCCAAACCACACCCGGGAACUGGACUCUCCCACAAUUCAAGCGUGCCGUGGCCCGCACACAAGAUCUCAUCCGCCCCCCUUCAGAUGGCUGGACCACUGCCUUCCUCGAGAACCACGACCAAAGCCGAUCGAUCACACGCUUCACCUCUGAUGCGCCUGAACAUCGCGUAGCAGGCGGCAAGAUGCUUGCAUUAAUGAUGGCAGCACUCAGCGGCACAUUGUUCAUCUACCAAGGCCAAGAGAUCGGCAUGACGAACUUCCCUCUAACCUGGGAUCUGAGCGAGUACAAAGACGUCGAAUCUACCAACUACUACAAGAUGGUAGCUGCACGGACGAAGAACGAUCCUGCUGCCCUCGAAGAGGCGCACAAAUCGCUUCAGCACCUCGCUAGGGACCAUGCUCGUGUGCCAAUGAGCUGGUCUACUGAGCCACACAAUGGUUUCUCGCCGCCGGAUGCUGCAGCAAAACCUUGGAUGCGACCCCUCGAAGAUGCCGACGUAUGCAAUGCCAGACAACAACAAACAGACAAGAACUCCGUGCUUGCCUUCUGGAAGCGCAUGCUGCAAGUACGCAAGCAGCACAAUGAUGUCCUUGUACAUGGUCAGUACGACGAUCUGGACGUGGAGAGCCCGAAUUUCUUCAUCUUUACCAAGACGUGGAAUGAGAAGAGGGCGGUAUGUAUCUGCAACUUCACGGACCAAACGAGGGAUUUGGUGCUUCCGGAGAGUGUGAGGAACGAGAAGUUGAAUUUGCUUGUUAGUAGUGUGGAUGAUUGUGAGGAGAACAAGUUGGCUGCUUUCGAAGGCAGGAUCUAUUUACUUGCAUAG